UGAGUGGCUGACCACGUUAAAGCAUCCAAUGACACAAAUUAGUAAAGCUGUCAUCUAGAAAAUAUCAUAGAGUAAUUGACUUGGCACUUUCUACUUGUCUUUACUCUUUAGAACGGGACUCCAUAGCAUAAUUUAAAGGAUAGUGUAAAAUUAAAUAAGGAGCAGUUGCUGAUAUUUUUAUUUACCCUUGAAUUGCUAUCCAACCACUUUAUUGAUCGUAAGGAAUACGAAAAUGGCAGAAGAAGGAAGGAAAUUAGGAGUGUCUAUGGAUUUCUCAAAGGGAAGCAAAGCAGCAUUAAAAUGGGCAGUUGAUGGUCUACUUAGAAAGGGUGACACCCUUGUUAUCAUUCAUGUUAAGCACCCUCAAGCUUUAGAGUCUCGCAACCUUAUUUGGUCCGAUACUGGCUCACCUUUGAUUCCUCUUUCUGAAUUUUGUGAUCCGGAGGUGAUGCAUAGCUAUGGAGUUGAGCGUGAGCCUGAUGUUUUUGACUUGCUUGAUGUCAUAUCCAAACAACUUCAGGUAAAUGUGGUUUGGAAAAUCUACUGGGGAGAUGCAAGGGAAAGAGUUUGUGAAGCAGCUGGAAGCUUGCAUCUCGAUACUUUGAUCAUGGGAAGCAGGGGACUAGGUUCUAUCAAAAGGGUACUGCUAGGGAGCGUGACGAGCUACGUGCUAGAGCAUGCAACCUGCCCUGUCACAGUUGUCAAGGACCGCAGCCAUGAAUGCUGAAUGCUGAAUGCUGAAUGCUGAAUGCACUUUGUAACAACCGCUAUUACUAUGGAUUACUACUGUUAUUUCAUUUGAGUGUGAAUACUGAAUAAUCUACAUCUCUGUAAUGUUUCAUGUUUGUUGCAUGAAACAGAACAAUGUCUGCCUCGCUUCUUUCAACUUUUUGUUGGAAUUUAAUGUUUCUGUGAUUUUAAUGUCAAUUCAUUUUGCAUUGUUAAA